AGAAGGAAAAGACCAAGAUCACGAGAGAGUUAACAGCAAUGGUGUUGUCCAGACGAGCCAAGAUGUGUAACGUCUUGGAGUACAAAGAUAGCAAGAUCGUGUACAGAAGAUACGCAUCGCUUUUUUUCUUGGCGGCUAUUGACAACGAGGACAAUGAGUUGUUGACGUUGGAAAUUGUGCACCGGUAUGUGGAGCAAAUGGACAAGGCGUACGGCAAUGUGUGCGAGUUGGACAUCAUCUUUAACUUCCAAAAGGCGUAUCACAUCCUCGACGAGCUAUUGAUUGACGGCCAGGUGCAAGAGUCGUCUAAGCGAGAGGUGUUAAGACGGGUUGGCCAGGCAGAUGAUCUAGAAAACAUGGAUGAGUUUGAGAAUAUUUUGAGUUAAUAUACGCGAGAGCGAAGCACGAGCUCGGCUGAGCCAAUCAGCCAUAGUGGAAGUGCAACUAGCACCGAGGGAG